GUUGGUAGCGCUGCUGGGGAGAUGCCAAAAAAACAAAACAAAACACGUUUUCAUUUUUGUCUGCACCAGCCUGGGCGCAGGCGAGCGCGGGAGAGAGGGAGGGAGAGGGAGGCGCGCGCCGCCAGAAAGCCGCCGCGCUCAGACGCGGGCCUGCGGCCACGUCCCUCCGCAGCCGCCCCGGCAGCCGCUCCCGCCGCCUCGUCCCCCUCUCCCUGCCCACCCGGCUUCGCCUGCCAAGUCCGAGUUGGCACGGCUCCCCCGGCUGCGCCGAACAAAGCCGUCACCCAUCCCCGAGCCGGCGCUGACAGUAAGCAAAGUGACAGGCGCAUCUUCCGCAUGUUAAUCCAAACGGCGAGAAGGCGAGCGAGCGAGCGGCGGGAGGCCCCCCCACUUGCCGUGCACGCACGCACACACCCCCCCCCCCCCUCUCCCCACGCACCCACCCCACCCCCCCCAAACCCCCACCACCACCGGCCUGCGCACCCCACCCUUGGCACCCGCCGGCCUCGUGCGGGGAUGGCGAGGCCCCCGCCGGCGGGAGCACCGAAGCCUCCCCGUUGGCGAGGUUUAAAUCGAGCCGAAGCCCCGCUCGGCGGGCAAACGAGGCCACUCGGCAUCUGCUGUACCUGUUCCCGCUGCCUUCAUCUCGCCUUGGAACCGUGACAAGAGCGCACUCGCCUCUGGUGGGCUCUCAAAGCCGCGGGUCUGUAACCCUUUGCAGGAAGUUGGCACCGAUCCCAGGACUAGCAAACUUGCCUGGAGGGACAAGCAGGCUCCGCACAGCCACAGUCCUCCUGCAGCCAGCCAGUCCCAGCAGCUUCCAGCAUCCCCUCCCAGCCAGAGCCUCUCCCAGAUGGCUGCCAGGCACCAAACAGAGCAAGAGAAUGAUGAGGAGGAGGAGCAGCAGGGUCAGCGGGGGCUCAGCUUCAAAUGCCUCCAUUCAUUCCGACACAAGAUCUGUGAGGACAACUGGAGGAGGCAGCAGGACCCCAUCCUCGAGUCUGGCAGCAAGGAACCAGAGGAAAAGAAAAUUGCUCUGGAAUUGUUGGAGACAGAGCAGGCUUAUGUCAACCGCCUCCACCUUCUCGACCAGAUAUUCUAUACAGAGCUGAUGAAAGAAGCCAAAAAUGGGAAGACAGUCCCAGAGGAGGUGGUGAAAAUGAUCUUUUCCAACAUCUCCUCCAUCUACCAGUUCCAUGCCAAGUUCUUCCUGCCAGAGCUGCAGAAGCGCAUGGAGGAUUGGAGCUGCAACCCACGGAUCGGGGAUGUGAUCCAGAAGCUCGCACCAUUCCUCAAGAUGUAUGGUGAAUAUGUGAAAAACUUCGACAAGGCCGUGGAGCUCAUCACUGUCUGGUCAGAGAAAUCACCACCCUUCCAGGAGCUCAUUGCUGACAUCCAGAAGAGGAAGGUCUGUGCUAACCUAACGCUGCAGCACCACAUGCUGGAACCAGUGCAGAGGAUCCCACGCUACGAACUCCUUCUGAAAGAUUACAUCCGAAAACUACCGCCCGAGUCCCCAGACCAGGAUGAUGCUGAGAAGGCCCUGGAGAUGAUUUUUAUGGUGGCCAAGCAUUCAAACGCAGCUAUUGCGGAGAUGGAACGGCUGCAGAAACUCUGGGUGGUCUAUCAGCGGCUGGGCCUGGAGGACGACAUCGUGGAUCCCUCCAACGAGCUGAUCAAGGAAGGGCCAAUCCAAAAAAUCUCCACCCGCAACAACACCACAUCGGAGAAGUACCUGUUCCUGUUCAACAACAUGCUGCUGUACUGCGUGCCCAAGGUCAUCCAGGUGGGCGCCGAGUUCCAGGUCCACCUCCGCAUCAACGUGGACAGCAUGAAGGUUCGGGAGCUGAACGACGCGCAGUUCCCUCACACCUUCCUGGUCUCGGGAAAGCAGCGGACGCUGGAGCUGCAAGCCAGGUCUGGGGAGGAGAUGAACGCCUGGAUGAAGGCCUUCCAAGAUGCCAUUGACAGGAAGGAGAAAAGGAGUGAGACCUUUAAGACAGCAGUACCUGGGCUGGAGACAGGCACCCCUGCACUGAAGACAGAGGAACUGGGCCGCCGAGCUCCACAGUGGGUGCGGGACAACCUGGUGACCAUGUGCAUGCGCUGCAGGGAGCCCUUCAACGCCAUCGUGCGCCGCAGACACCACUGUCGAGCCUGUGGAUACGUGGUGUGUGCUCGCUGCUCAGACUACAAGGCCGAGAUACAGUACGAUGGGAACCGCCUGAACCGUGUGUGCCAGGAGUGUUAUGUCUUCCUGACGGGCCACGUGGUGCCCGAGGACCGGGAGGGGAAGCACAAAGGCAUCCUGGAGAAAGGAGCCGCAGAGGUAUCAGGCAAGAGUUUGCUGUGCAGUUCCCUGCAGCUGCUGGACAAGAACGGCAAGGGGGGCACACGGGGCUGGUUUGUGAUCCCACAGGAUGAUCCCCUCGUGCUGUACAUCUAUGCAGCCCCCCAGGUAAGGCUGGGCUCGGCUCCGUCUGCAAGGGACAUCCCACUGUGCCCACCCCCUGCCUCCCACCGCUGUCUCCGCUCUUGGCAGGAUGUCCGAGCCCACACCUCCAUCCCGCUGCUGGGCUACCAGGUGAAGGACCUGCCCCAGGGUGACUCCCGCCACCUCUUCCAGCUGGCGCAGUCCCGGCAGGUCUACACCUUCGUGGCCGACACCGAGAAGCUGAAACGGCGCUGGAUGAGGACCAUGGCGCGCUCCGCCGCGGGGCUCAGCCACCCGGAGGAGGGCGAGGAUGUGGACUCCUGUGAGGAAGCAGAAUGAGGCCGUGCCCAGCUCCCGGCCUGCCCGCUGGCUCAAACCUCCCCCUGCCCAUCCUGCCUUUUGCGUUUUCGUCAUCAAAAGGCCGAGGCACUGCCACCUUUAUCACCGCACGGACAAGCUGGAUCUCCCUUCCCCUCCCACCUUUUUCUCCACACUGGACAGAGACGAUGGAGGUCCCGGAGCCGUGAGGUAGAGGGAGAACAGGGGGGGGUUUGGGGAGCCUGCGCCCCUGCAGCCAGGCUGUCCCCAGCCCGCUGUGCCGUGCCGGCGGCUGCCGCCCGAGGGCAGCAAUGGCUCAGCCUUCCUCCGAGCCUGGCCCCGGCAGGGGAUGGUGCUGGGGGGAUGCCCGGUCUUGCGAAAACAUCUGUGGAAUUGGGACUGCUGUGAUAAAUCCUACCUGCAACCCUC